GUUACAGAUACCAUUCGGUGCCUUCCCGAUCAUGACUGGUAAGGUGGCCGUUGGAGUGGGUCAUGAACUCUCUCCGGCUUUCCUUCAACGCUCGGCACGGUGGGCUUCAGGGGUAGAACAAACCCUUGUUCGGUAACCUCGUCCGUUUACGCUCCGUUCCAGUCACGUCCACGUGCGGAUAUGACAUCAGGCGAUGGCGGAUGAGCCGCCCCAACAUGGCGGUAAACAACGGAACACGAGGGCGUCACGGAGCGGAUAGCUUGGCUGUGAUGAUGAAUACUUCUAGCACCCGCGAUCUAAGUUUCGCCUUGACAUAGUUCCAUGAUCUUUUUGUUUGUGUAAUUCUCAACUCCAACAAAUCCAUCACAAGCCAGUCUAGGAUAUCACACUUGGUCUCUUUACUCUUCUUAAGCCAUCACAACUCGCCAUGUCACCUUUAGAAACGCCAGUCUUCCCGAGCAAGGGCGUCCACACCGACACACCGCCCGUGUCACUAACAGACUACGGUAUUACCUCCAACGGCUUCCUCCCCGAGGAGGCACCGCUAAGGAGGCUACCAGACCCCUACUACGCGCCGUGGGAGUCUCUAGUCGAAUCUCUCUCUACAUCCAUCGCACAGCAAACACUACGCCACCAGGUCGACCAGCUGCCCAUCCUCUCCACCGACCGCCUCACAACAGAACCAGAAUGGCGACGAGCCUGCGUGGUCCUAGCCUUCCUCACACACGGCUACAUCUGGGGCGGCGAGACCGCAGCCGAGAUCCUCCCACCCCCCCUAACCCUCCCCCUCCUCACCAUCUCCCACCACCUGGGCAUGCCCCCCGUCGCCACCUACGCCUGCGUCAACCUCUGGAACUUCCAGCACCCACCCACCUCCCUCCCAGCCAACCUCGACACCCUCCACGCCCAGCACACCUUCACCGGCACCCCCGACGAGUCCUGGUUCUACAUGGUCUCGGUCGCCAUGGAGGCGCGCGGCGCCUACCUGGUCCCGGCGAUGCUGCGGGCGCUGGAGGCCGCGACAACGCGGCGGGAUUGUGGGGCGGUGGCGGGUGGGUUGCGGGAGCUGGCGGCGGGGAUUGGGGAGCUGGGUGGCUUGUUGGAGAGGAUGGAUGAGCGGUGUGAUCCGGGCGUGUUUUAUCAUCGGAUUAGGCCGUUUUUGGCGGGGAGUAAGAAUAUGGGGGCGGCGGGCCUGCCGAGGGGGGUGUUUUAUGAUGAAGGGCAGGGGGGGAAGGGGGAGUGGCGGCAGUUGAGGGGGGGGAGUAAUGGGCAGAGCUCGCUGGUGCAGUUUUUGGAUGUGGUGUUGGGGGUGGAGCAUAAGGCGAUGGGGAAUAGCAGUCCGGAUGGUGUUGGGUCGGGGCAGAAGGGGGGUGGGAUGAGUUUUCACGAGGAGGUGAGGAGGUAUAUGCCGGAGCCGCAUCGACGGUUUCUGGAGGAUGUGGCGAGGAGGUAUCCGGGGGGGAUGAAGAAGGCGGUGGGGGAUUUGUUGGCGGAUGGGGGAGGGGCGUCGAGGGAGGAGCGGACGGCGGUGCGGGAGGCGUUUGAAGGGGCGACGAGGGCGCUAGCGGAGUUCAGGAACAAGCAUUUGCAGAUGGUGACGCGGUAUAUCAUCAUCCCGUCGAGGCAGCCAAACGGGAAUCAGGGGGUAAAUUUGGCGACGGCUUCAUCGCGGUUGAAGGGUUUGCCCUCCUCGAAAGGAAAAGAGGCGGAGCCCACGGUCAAGGGAGAGCUAACGGGCACCGGAGGGACGGCAUUGUUGCCGUUCUUGAAGCAAUCGCGGGAUGAAACGUUCCAGGCCGGGCAGCUACAAGUUCGGUGA